UUUUUUUUUAUUAUUAUUUUAUUUAUUUAUUUUUUAAAAAAAAAAAUGAAUAGAUGCAAAUAUAGCAAUCGACUUUUAUUCUUUCAGAAAAAACAGUUUCAUUCUUAUUCAAUCCAAUCUAAUCCUCGUAGAUCACUGUCUGUAAAGAACAUUCAACGUUGGGGUAAUUAUGAGAGGCUCGUACCAGCUUCAUUAGCCAAGAUCAAUGUACGUGACAUGCCUCAUCGAUCUGUACCAGAACAUAUUAUGCGACCACCUUAUGCAGAGCAUGGUACCACCUCUAGUUGGGCGCCCAAGAUUGUGAUCCAGAAAGAUGAAGAAUAUAGACUGGGAAUGAGAAGAGCAGGACAAUUAGCUAAACGAAUUCUAUCCAUGAGCUCUAGUCUAUGUCAACCAGGUAUAACAACCAAUGAAAUUGAUAGAGCAGUGCAUCAAGCCAUUAUCGAACAAGAUGCAUAUCCUUCACCCUUGAAUUAUAAUGGAUUUCCAAAAAGUGUUUGUACUUCGAUUAAUAAUAUUAUAGCUCAUGGAAUACCCGAUGAUAGACCAUUAAAAGAUGGUGAUAUCAUCAAUGUAGAUGUAACUGUUUAUUUAAAUGGUUAUCAUGGUGACACAUCAGCAACUUUUUUAGUAGGAAACGUAGAUGAAAAGGGUAAAGCACUAGUAGAAUGUACGAAAGAAUGUUUAGACAAAGCUAUCUCUAUUUGUGGACCUAAUGUACCCUAUAAAGAGAUUGGUCGAGUUAUUUGUGAACAUGCAACAAAGUUUGGAUAUUCUGUAUCUGAUGAAUUAUCAGGACAUGGUAUUGGAAGCGAAUUUCAUUGUUUACCAUUGAUUUAUCACCAUCUAAAUGAAGAAGAAGGUGUCAUGGAAUCGGGUACCACGUUUACUAUUGAACCUAUUCUUUGCCAAGGGUCAGCGAUAGGAAUCAUGUGGCCAGAUCAGUGGACAAUCUCUACAGUUGAUGGCAGUAGAAGUGCACAGUUUGAACAUACGCUUUAUAUUCAUGACGAUGGUGUAGAGAUACUUACAGACUAAUAUCAUUUUCAAAAAGAAAAAAAAAAUCUGUGAUAACAGGAUUUAUUAUGUAAUGUCCAGUAUUUUUUUUUUUUUUUUUUU